UCUGGUGUUUCCAAAAUGGAAGGGCGAGCCUUUGUCGUACUGCUGGUCAUUGCCUCACUUAUAGUAUUAGCAGAAAAUACUGAUCACAAGAAUGCCAUUGAAAUCUACAGCCUGCAUGUGGACUCUACGGUUACAUCUCGAUUUGCUCAUACAGUUAUCACCAGCAGACUUGUCAACAAGGUUAAUGAAUCCCGGGAGGCCAUUUUUGAAGUGGAAUUGCCUAAAACAGCUUUCAUCACUAACUUCAGCAUGUCAAUUGAUGGAGAAACAUAUCCAGGAACAAUAAAGGAGAAAGCAUCUGCACAAGAGCAAUAUGACAUUGCGGUUUCACAUGGUCAAAGUGCCGGCCUUGUCAAAACCACUGGAAGGAAACUAGAGCAGUUUCAUGUUUCAGUCAACGUUGCUUCAGACAGUAAGGUUACCUUUGAGCUGAUAUAUGAGGAGUUGUUGAAGCGACAGCUGGGGAAGUAUGAAUUGUUAUUCAAGGUCAGACCCAAGCAGCUUGUUAAACACUUUCAGAUUGAUGUCCACAUCUUUGAACCCCAGGGUAUAAACUUCCUGGAAACUGACAGCACCUUUAUGACAAAUGAGUUAACUGAAGCUCUUACAAAGGUGCAGAAUGAGACCAAGGCUCAUAUUUUAUUUAAACCAACAAUAGGUCAACAAAAGAAGAGUCCUGAACUUGAGGAAACCCUUCUAGAUGGAGACUUUAUCAUACGUUAUGAUGUUAAAAGGAGUGUCAGUGCAGGAGAUAUACAGAUCGUAAAUGGGUAUUUUGUGCAUUACUUUGCACCCAGUGAAAUGCCAACAUUUCCCAAAAAUGUCAUCUUUGUUGUCGAUCAAAGUGGCUCUAUGUCAGGCAGAAAAAUUGAACAGACAAGAGAUGCCCUCCUGAAGAUUUUGGAAGACCUCAGACCUGAAGAUCAUUUUAGUUUAAUAACCUUUAAUAGCCUGGUUACUGAAUGGAAGAAUACUUUGUUACAAGCAACUGGACAAAAUGUGGAAAGUGCUAAAAGAUAUGUUAAAACUGUUAUGGCUCGUGGAGGAACAGAUAUCAACAAUGCCCUACUGACUGCAGCAAACACACUGGAUAAGGCCAGCUAUGCUGAGAUAUUGCAAGCACACAGCAUUUCCAUGAUAAUUUUGCUGACAGAUGGUCAACCCACUGUUGGUGUUCAAGAUGUUGAAAUAAUUCAACAAAAUAUACAGAAGGCUAUCAAAGGAAAAUAUGUCCUCUAUUGCCUUGGCUUUGGUUUUGAUGUCAGUUACAAGUUCCUUGAGAAGAUGGCCCUAGAUAAUGGAGGAAUAGCUCGUCGUAUAUACGAGGACUCUGAUUCAGAUUUGCAGCUCCAGGGCUUUUAUCAAGAAGUGGCUACUCCCAUAUUAAAGGAUAUUGAAAUACAGUAUCCAGAAAAUUCCAUCCUGGAAUUAACUCAGAACAGUUUCAAACUGUUUUUUGAUGGUUCUGAAAUUGUGGUAGCUGGAAGAAUUGACAAUGAACUUGACGUUUUGCCAGUGGAAAUUCAAGCUCAGUCACAUACUAGUAACCUGAUUUUUAAGGAGGAAGCAAAUGUAAGAGAAAAGGAGAAAGUAUUUCAACAUCAGAAGUACAUUUUUGGAAAUUUCAUUGAGAGAUUGUGGGCUUACUUAACCAUUCAACAGCUGCUAGAAAAAUCUAUUUCAGCUCAAGAGGAACAGCAGAAAAACCUGCAGGUUGCCCGAGCUUUGGAGCUAUCUAUUAAGUACAGUUUUGUUACACCUCUCACUUCCAUGGUGGUCACCAAACCUGAUGAUCAACAGAAACUCCAUCUGGCAAACAAACCAACUGAAUCUGAUAAUGAGAAGUCAAGAGUUACUGGAUUUUCAGGUAACAAACUCACAAAAAGCCAUAUAACGAAAGCCUUAAGUUACAGAAGGCAUCAUGAUCAGAGUAUGUUAAGAAGUGAUGGAUAUUUUGAUGUUUCUCUAGCCAGGGAUUACGUUCAUAGAGCACCGAAAACUGGUCAAAGAGCUAUACUGUUUGACACACCAGAACACUCACCAGACAUUUUCAGGACUGUUCAAACAACAGCACAGCUUCUUACCAACGAAUAUCCACAUUUCCUCUUUCAACUGCCCAGACAAAAUGAUGUCAUUUGUUUAAAUAUUGAUGGUCAGCCGCAAGCUUACAUAAACCUAAUAUCAGAUCCUGACAAAGGAGUCUCUGUGACUGGUAAGCUUGGGAGAAAUAGAAAUCACUUCGUGCUGUUUGAAAUUACCAACCUGGAUCCUCAUGUGCAACUCCGUGUAUCAAAGGAAGGCACUGUGCUGAGCUAUGGUGGUCAUACCACCAAACUCCCAUGGACAAAGUCUGCUUCCUCUACAGUCCAGGGGCUGAAGAUUGCAGUUGAAAAGGAAAGAAGUCUUACAAUGUCAGCAUCUGCCAACAUCACAAUAAAAAUUACUUUUAUAAAGUCUCCAAAUCGUUUCCUUGGAUUAUAUUUCAUGGACACUGACCAUUUUUCUGACAAAGCCAGUGGACUUCUUGGUCAAUUUUACUUUGAUACACAUUUGGAAAGUAACCCUGGAGCAAGUCAGGGAGAGGAUGAAAGAGUCCUCAGUGUUCAUGGACAAAAGCAUAGAGUUACCAGAAAAAACAAGAAAGAUUACAGGCAAGAGUCAGCCACUGGUAUUAUUUCCUGCUGGUCAUUACAUAUAACUCCCUAAAGAAAAACACUUGGGGAAAAGGAAACAGUAAAAUGAUGAUGUUUCAGACACUUCUGACUUAAUUUCACUUACAUAUAAUAAUCUUAUGAUUUUCUUUCAGCUUUGCUUGCUAAUAUAUAUAAAUAUAUGUCAAAAAUAAUUUUACCUCUGAAAUAUUGUAAUUAUACUUAAUAAUUGGGAACUUGGAGUUUGCUUUUUAUGUAAUUUUAAAGGAUUUAUAGUAUAUUUGGUUAUAAGAUAUAUUGAAAAUGUAUGUAAAUGAAACUGGAGGUAAACAAAGUAAAGAAUAAAACAGUGCGAUAGUGGACAAGAGAAGACAUGCUAUAUGAUUAACAGUUUCAGAUUUGGGAGUAAUAAUGAAGAACAGUUAUGGGGAAACUGCUCAACAAUUCUCUAUCUCAAGGUCAUUGUGAGGUGGGCAUAGUCAUGUUCAGCAGUCCCCUGCAGAGAUAGUUCUUUCCUACGUCUCAUAGACCAGAGAAUGAAUCUGUAAUUACAACAUUUUCCUGAGAAGGGGUUGUCAGGCUGCUCCAGGUUAGUCAGAGACAGCUGAGAGGUGCUGAGGAUAUGCUCACACCUGACAACUGAGCCACAAUGAGCUGAUGACACAUGCAUUUUGCCACUUACCUCUAGGAGGCUGAUUCGUCCCCACAGAUUAAACAGGAAACUGAAGAUAUGGUUGGAUCUCACAUUGCCUUGUGCCCCAUAAUUGCUCAGGCUGAGUGGGUGGGUGCAUUUGGACACUCUCAACCCUUCCAGUACAACACCUGAGAGAAAAUGUUAGUCUUUUUCCUCAGCCUAAUAACCAUUAACUUGUAGAAUCAAAAUUCUGAAUCAAGCAAAUUUAAUAUAAAAUAAUCUUUCUUGUUUCCAUGGCUGACUUCAUUCUUUCCCAUUUCUUUUCUUGUCCUCCAAUUUAUUCUUCUAUAACUCGAUUUUCAUCUUUUUUCCUUCAGUUUUUGUUACAGUCCUUGUGUGCCCUCAGACCCAGAUUUCUAUCUAUUUCAAUCUUUAAAAGUGUUUCCAUUAUUUUUACUAUUUAUAACCCUCACUGUUAACAAUUUGCGCCUUAUUUCUAACCCAGUUCUGACCCCCCUCUCACCUCACAUGCACGCACCCUCACUGGGAUCCCUAUCACUGAGCCCCCGCACCCACACCCCUCAGUCACCACCUCCCUCACAUGCACAUACAUGCACUAACCACUUAGUCACCCCAUAGCCACACACUAGUCAUCCCUGCUCUCUCACACUCAUGUGGUUUUCCCCCCCAAGCCCUCUUCCCCAUGCCCAGUUCCCCCCUCUCCAAUACACUCACCCUUGCCUCCUGGUUCCCACCUCACCUUGCACACCUGCAUCUUUGCCCUGUUCCCACCAACUCCCUCAUCUCACAAGCCCAUGCCCUCACCCUGUGCUCCACUCUCCUGCCCCCCUUACCUCACCACACUCCUCCACUCUGACCAAGCUUUUCCCUCCCCUGACUUCACAUGCCCACAUUCCCCCCUCAUGUCACAUGCCCAUGCCAUUGCCCAGUUGUCCCCAACCCCCUCGUCUCACAUGCCUGUACCCUCACCCAUUCUCUUUGCCUGGCAUGCCCUCACUGGUUUCUCCCCCCGCAAGCCUCUUUCACCAGGCAUAACCUCUUCCCCUCUCCCAAGGCCCUUGCAUGCACUCACCCUCACCUGCUUCCUCCCUAACUCUUUCACCUCUCAAGCCCUAAUGUGUUCUCCCUUACCUGCCUCCCCUCCCUCCCACACCUCAUAUGCCCUCAAUGUGGCCUGGAAACACCGCUCCCCACUCUCACCUUGCAUGCAUUUGUCCUCACCUUUCCCCUCUCCCCUUCACUCACCAUUUCCUGACACGCCACACACACACAACCCUCUCCCCUUUCUCCCUCACUUGCUGUCUUCCUGCUGCCAUUAUAGUGGGUGAAGUAAGUGGGUUUGGGAUGGGAGAGAUAAGAGAUACCGGGGGCAGUGCUGUGCAGUGUCCAUGCAGCACUGCCUGCAGGGGAGAGAAAAUGCUGCUGUGGUAGUUUCUUCCUUCCUGCAGGUUAGGCUGCCAGUAGCCCUCAGAAAACAUGUCCCCCCAUCCCUCACAUAGCAGCAGGGGAGCAUAGUUUAGAUAUGGGGGGAUCUGAUUCUGCUCUUAUCCUGGUUUUACAGUGGUGUGUAACUGCAUUAGUUCACUGUAGUCUUCAUGCCUGAUUUACAGAGUGCAAGUUUUAACACAAAGGGUGGCAGGCAGAAAAAUAGAAGGGAGGGGUGGGGUUGUUCAUCUGUGCUGCUCCUUCUAUUUUUUUCACUGGCUAGAAUUGUUAGAGGCAAAAACUUUGGGUUGUGUGGCAGACCCCCUUCUUCCUCCCUACAUGUUCCUAAAAGUUACCUCUUCUCCUUCAGUCUAACUAGAGAAGGGAAAUUUACCCUUGACUUAAUUUAGACUUUAUCUUUAUCAGCCUUUAUAGCUGAUCUGAUUAAAAUUUGACUCUUAUCUAUUAAAAAAAAGAAUGGAAAUUCAAUGGCAAAAAACUACAUUAAUGUUGCCUAUGCAACCUUAACUCUGUUCUCUUUAAGCAAUGCCCCAAUACACCCUGUUAACACAAAUACCCGUACACUGCCAACCCCGCAGUUGCUUAAAUGUACUCUUUUCACCUCCUUUUACACCCAUUCACUCUCUCCCACAGGAUCACAUCUAAAACUAAUAAAGGCCUUUUCUUUUUUCUUAUUGGUGCAUGCAUGCUGUUCUCUAUUUGUCUCCCCCAAAGACUUAGUGGUUGCCAUCCAUUACCUUAGAUAAAACUUGAAAGACUCAGACUGUUUUGACUCACAUCACAUCAACAAUUUGCUUUCUAGCUCUGCAAAAUAAAAUAAAAUAAAAAUCCCAGAAACUCUUUGAAAAAUUGCUGUUUUUUCCAGUGCUUUAUAGCUCCACAAAUUUGGGUCACAAACCCUACCCUGCACCCUCCUGAGGCACACCAAACUUCAAAGGACUCCAGCUAAGCAUGUCGCGUUUAGAGGACUUAGAAAGUUGACCUUCAAAUAGAAGUGGUGAUGCAACUUUAAUUAUAGUGGCACUGCCAAGCCAAUGCUCUGGAGUAAAAAUUAAAUAUUAACUUUUGGAAUUGUAGAUAUGCUAUAAUUAAGUUUACAUGCUACUCUGUUAGCAAGUAUGAGUGGGAUAAACCUACACAUCUGUUUGUGGACAUUAACUGUAAACCUGUAUAAUCUUUUCAAUAAAAUAGUUUUUUAACAUGU